GCUGAACUCUCACAUUUUUGAAGUUCAAUAAUAUUGGAGUCAACAAACGAAACAAGCAUUGUUUUCUCCUCAUGCCUCAUGGACGCCGAGCAGAUUGAGGAGUUUUUUCCUUUAUGAUAUAUCAGAAAGGUCAUACAGCUUUUCAAGAUGGAAUCAAGAAGCAUUGACUUUGCAAAGACUGCCUCUAUUGACAUGAUGUCUCUUAACAAUAAGAUUGUUAAUAUGAGGCAAGUUGUGAAAAGAGCAAAAGUGCAAGUCAUCAACAAAUUGUGCAGACAGAUCAAAGAUUUGAAGAAGAAAAAAGGGACAGAAGAACAGAAGACGAAAAAUCUUCAGAAAGCAGAACGGCUGAUUGAAGAGAUUGACUCCAUGAAGAAAUUAAAGGAAGACAAGGUCUCAAAGUACGCCUUGGCCAACACCACUUCCUUCGAGGAGAUUUCCAAGGCAACAAUAAAGGCGGGGCCACGAGCUCUAGCACGCCUCUCUGCCCACCCAUUGAUGGUGAAAAAAGUCGAUGAUUUCCGGCAGCAGCACCAGGACUGGCGUGAUCUAGCAGCGUACUUGCUGGUGAAGCAGACGGGAAGACGCUUCAAAACCAAGAAACAAAAGCAGAUAAAGCUGGCGCAGUCUGUGGAAAACAUUGAGGCGUCGGAGACGAUGACGAAAGCAUACAUUCAGGAAAGGUUCGGAGAAGAGGGGCUGAAGAAAGCGGAGCAAAGGUUUGAGUGGAAGAGGAAACGUCAGAGACCGUUGCCGAAACAAGAUAAUCAGGGGAGUGAAUCCAAGGAUGAGGGUAGCAAGGGAGUCAUGGGAGAAGGUGAAAAGGUUGUGCAUAGUCACGGAAGAUCUGAUGGUAAUUCUGAAGACAGCGCGUUCUCUGAUGUACAAAGUGAUGACGAAAACUUGGUUGAGGGCAAAACAUUGGAAAGUAAUUCCUCAAUGAAUGUUGGAGAAAUAAUGACAUCGUCUCUAACUGUUGAUGAUACAAAGGAAAGUAAUGAUGAAGAUGUUGAUGAGAGUGAGGAUGAAAAUGGUGCUGAGGAUGAUGAUGAGGGUGGUGAUGAGGAAGGGAAAGAGGAGGAAGAGGAAGGGAAAGAGGAGGAAGAGGAAGGAGAAGAGGAAGAUGAGGAGGAAGAGGACAGUUCUGAAGAUGAUGAGAGCGAUAGUGGAGAGGUUAAGAAGCCCCAGUUGGUUACAAAACCAGAGAAAAGCUUGUUGCCUUCAAAAGGUAAUGCCAGCAAGCCUGAAAUCAUGAAAAGUAAUACGGCUCCCAAGGAUGGCAAGAAAUUGAAACAAAGUGAAAGUGUAAUUAGAGAGCUGAAUCUAGAAGAAAUAGCUGGUGAAGACAUUGAUGAUGGGGACAGUAGUGAUUCAGACACUGGUGAUACUGGCUCAAGAGUGAGUGAAUCUAGAACGAGUGGUGAAGAAGCUAAUAGUAGUGAAGAAGCUGAUGACUCUCACAAUGAAGUGACUAGUUCUUCUAAACAAAAGAUGAAAGUUAAAAAAUCUAAGGAGGUGAUUGCAUCUACUUUGUUGACUGGCAAGAAGAAGCAUGAUGAAAAGGAGAAGGAUAUUCCUGAUUUACUUUUACACCGUAGUUCUGUGAAAAAAUUUCGAAAGGACCCAUUUUUUGAAGCCAGCGGUGAUGAAAGCGAUGGAAGCAGCAAUGAUGAGCUUGAAGUGCCUAUGGAUAAUGCUUCAGAUAUUGCUCACACCUCACAGUCUCAAGAUUCCUACGGUGCUUCUACAUUUAAAGGCAGGAACUUUGACUCUAUGUUUCACAAUCCUUGGUCUGAUGGGGAAGAAGAGAAGUCGUUGAAAAACAGAAGAGGUGGAGGAGGAAGGGGAGGAAGAGGAGACUUUCAUCUCAACAGAAAUAAAAAUUACAGCCGUGAUGGAUUCAAGUCUUUCAAAAGAGGUAGCAGAUUUGAUAGUCCCAGAGGAAUGAGGGGACGGGGGAGCGAUCGAGGAGGGAGAGGCAGAGGAGACCACAGUAGAACCUACUCCAGGAACAACAGAGACUCGUCAUCAGUUUGGGAAAAGCCAAGAGACAGAGGGUUCCAAGAGGGUACUACUAGGAAUGACAAGUACGCUUCAUCAGUGGAAGGUGCAAAGACCCAAACAGCACCCAAAGAAAAGCUUCAUCCUUCUUGGGAGGCUAGCAGAAAGCGGAAAGCAGAACAAAGUGGGCUGGUUGCGUUUAAAGGAAGUAAAAAAACUUUUGAUGAUGAUUGAAGUAAUGUAAUGGUGUGGAUAAAUCAUAUAUAUUUGCUAGGUAGCACUUUGUUCAAUUAAUUCCCAACACAUUUUGUGAGGAUGUCUUUUUACGCUCUUAUUCACUUGUUUUGAACUAGGUUUUUUUUGUGUAUCUGUUACCAAGUAAUGACUUGUGGUGGUUUCUGUACUGCUUGGUACAGGGUUGUGUGAGAUGUGCUGUACCAUCAUGCCAAUAGUGCAAUAAAAAGGUUAUACCACGGGCAUGAAAUCUAAUACAGAAUGUUUGAAAAUUUGACCUUGCUCACAACAUUUUGUCUGACUUUUCUUUCCUGUGGCAGUGAAAUAUUGCUAGUUUGUAUGUAUGUGUUGUUGAAAAAAGAAAAGUCACCAAAAAAUUAUGAAAGUUAUGAAUGGAGUCUUCCCAUUUAAUUUUGUCUUGUGAGUAUAAAUUUUAAUAAAUUGCCGUAUUAUGUAUCUGUAUUAUCAGCAUUUGCCAUAUAAUGGGCAGGCUCUUAGGCUUGCGUGCAAAAAGUGUGAGUUUGAUUCUGGCACGGAGAAGUCUGUUUUAUAGAAUAUCUCUUUUUGUCUGAUGAGAUAUAGUGUUCUGGGUUGGCCUGGAUAGACAGGGUGGAACCAGACUGCUUCCUAAAUGAUCUAGAUUGUGUCGAUGGAAAUAUAGCAUAUUAACAAUCAUGGUUAGAAAUCCCCUGGAUAUGUUUCAUGCGAAGCAGUAUUUUGCCUUUCAAUUGUAUUGAGUUGUCGCUUAUACUGUGAUAAGUGCUUUUAUAUGACAGUGUCUUUAUUUAUCCUUGAAAUAUUAGUAGGCCUGCUGUCGUCUUCAGGACUGAAAUAUAAAUCAUGAGUGUUACCAGGAAGACAGAAAAAUAUCACAAAAAUCUGUUAUGUUUACUUAAAACUUUUUAUUGACACAAAUUUUCGACUUUUCUGUUAACUGGUACACUUAUACUAAAACUCGGUACAUGUACAAAAAUUGUACAAGUCAAAGGCUAAAAUGAUACAAAUGCUCAAAAUUGCGUACUGCAUUGAUCAUUCGUGAACUAUAUACAGAUAUAUUUAACGGAGAAUACAAGCUAUCUGAUAAUCACAAUUGGGGUGUCAAACGUUACAACAUACUUGUUUAAUUGAUCUUCAUUGUCUAACUUUGAAAAGGGAUAUUAUUUGAACAUGUGUACACUAAGAAUACAUUUGCGUAUGUUAUAAAUGCUACCAGGGAAUGCUGAAUGAGAGAGACAGAGAAAUUUGUAGCUGUUCAAUUUGAAAUUGUUUUGAUUAUGAUUUAUCUUCCUGAUGCCCUGUAAGAUUUUGAAUGUAUCUUUCAAUGUGUUCAUUGCAAGCUUUCAGCUCAAUGGCAAAUAAAAAGAAUUAUCAAAAAUA